GCUGUCCACGUCAAACUCUGUCUGUGACAGCACAGCACCGAGCUGAGAUGGCUGCAGUUGAGGUGGCAGACCUAGUACGUUGUCUGAACCGGUAUAUACAUACACGAUAAAGACGACUGAUAUAAUAGACCAGAUAAUCAUCUCGAUAAUGUUACGCGGAUGAUCCAUUAUCGAACUUGUUUAGGUUCGUAAAUCCACGGGACCAAUCUGACUGCAGUGAGUGACACAUCCAGCUAGCAAGCCUACGUUAGCAUACCAGCUAACUAGCUAUCCGGCCAACUACAGUAGCUAGCUUGCCAAACAGUUUCACUCUACCAAAUUGACAACUUCACAAAGGUGACAAAAGCUAGUUUUAAGAAGUGCAAGAAUUCAGGAAAAAAAACGUUUCUAUGAGUUUUGACAGAGAGCUGAAUUGUAUGAAGGUAGGGUCGAAGUUGAUCGCCACUUUACUAGCUAGCCUAGCCAGUGUUGGGCCUGUUUGUUAUUGUUUAGCUAGCUAACUAGCUAACGUUAGUUAUUCUCGAAGAUGUCWUCGUGGCUGGGUGGACUGGGCUCCGGCCUGGGCCAGUCUCUUGGCCAGGUCGGGGGAAGCCUCUCCUCAUUCACCGGACAAAUAUCAACCUUCACCAAAGAUAUGCUUCUGGAAGGAGUUGAAGAAGUUGGAGAUGCUUCCACUGAGCUGCUGGUGUCCAGUUCUAAGCUGGAACAAGUGGAGGCUGAGUACGAGCGUUUAAAGAGGAUCCACGCCGAGCUGGAGGAGAAGCUGGAAGCCUCAGAGAUCCAGGUUAAACGGCAGUCUGCUGAAUACAGGACCCUGAUGCAACAGAAAGAUGUGGAGAUCAGUCACCUGAAAGCCCGUCAGAGUGGACUACAGGAAGAGGUCCAGAAACUCCAACACUCUGCUCAAUCAGCUACCUCCGACUCUGCUGUACUUCCUGUCACCACCGCCUCCGCCACCACUACCUCUUCCUCUUACAUGUCCCGCCCCCUGGGGGCCGCCCUCCACCAGGGUUUCCAUGGCAGCGACGAGAUGGACUUCGGUGACGUCAUUUGGUCCCAGCAGGAGAUUAACCGUCUGUCUACGGAGGUGAUGAGGCUGGAGGCCGAGGURUCCCACUGGAGACGCGUGUCUCAGGCAUCCGUAGCCCCAGGGGCUGGAAACGGUGACCAGGGAGAGGUCCUGAAGCUUCAGAGGAUCAUCAAGGAGCUGCGUGAGGAGAUGGGUCAGGUAGAAUGUACUAGUCCAGCCACAGCCAGCGGCCUUCACGAGUCCUCCGUGCUCUCAGACCUCCAGAACACCAUCCAGUCCCUACAGGAGGCAGCGGAGGAGCGGCUGAAGGAGGAGCAGGAGGAGCGGCUGAAGGAGCUGACAGCUAAUCUGGAGGAGGCAGGGAGGAGACAGGCCACGCUGCAGCAGGAGAAAGAGGAGGCGCAGGCAGAGAACGCCGAGCUGCUGCAGAACUACACUCGGUUGCAGACGUCCGUCACAGAGCUCCAGUCACGUGUCCAGGAGCAGGAAGGGAAAGCCCGGAAUAAGGCUCAGCUAGACCAGGAGAUACAGGGGCUGAGGAAUGCUCUCGCAGGUGCGGAGAAGGAGAUCUCUAGGCUGAAGAGUCUUCAGAGUGAAACAAAGAUGGAGGUGGAACACGCCGACAUUCUAGAACUCAACACUGUCAUCGGGACGUUGAGGAAGGAGAACGAAUUGGUGGAACAAGACAAGCGGAAUCUACAGGAGAGACUUGCCAGGGCCGAGGAGAGAGUGGAGUCAGACAGCCUUGAUGGAGGGGAGUCCUCCCCAGCCGCCACGGAGCAGGUAUCAGGGCUGAGGGCAGAGCUAGAGAAGAGUGAGCAGUCGUUGAGAGAGAUCCAGGAGGAACGAGAGACCCUCCUCAACGAGCUGGAAGAACUGGACAGACAGAACCAACAGGCUACACAGCAUGUGAUCUCAGUGAAGGAGCAGCUCUCUGUUCAGCUGAAGGAAUCUGAAGCUGUGGUGGCUAGGCUCCAAUCAGAGCUCAGUACCACCACCGACCAGACGGUGGCACUGCAGCAAGAGCUAAAGMCCCAACAGGACAAACUGACCCACAGUGCCUUCACUCUCAACGACUUACACAUGGGCAAGCAGCAGCUGGAGGGCACCAUUAAAGAGCUGAGAGACAAACUUGGACGGGCAACAGAGAUGGGCAAGGAGGCACGCAGGGAGACACAGGAGUUCCAGAGAACCAUACGGGAGAGGGAGGAGCAGCUGUCUGCUGCCCGGGCAGAGCUGUGUGAGGCUGGGGAGAGAGGGAGAGAAUCCAGUGGGUCCAGAGAGCAGCUGGAGGAGCUCAGGCGAGAGCUGGCUGAGAUGAGGAGCUCCCAGGAGAAGGUGAUGUCAGAAGACUACGAGAUGAAGAUGGAGAAGCAGAAGCUGAAGACAGAGGCUGAGCAUGCCCAGGGGACGAUAGAGGAGCUGGCCAGGCAGGUCAGGGAGGUCCAGGCCGCUCUCAACAGGACCGUCCUGGAGAAGGACACCCGCAUCGAGGCUCUGAAGCUGGAGAAGAGCCAGCUGGAAGGGGAACUGGGCCAGGCAGAGAGAGGCCUACAGGAGCAGGCCAGGCAGUACCAGCAGACCAUCGAGGAGCUGACCGCUGGCCGCUCCAUGGAUGCCUCGGCACUGCAGACGGAGCAUGAGAGGACCGUGAGGCUGAACCAGGAGAAAGAUAAGGAGAUCUUCCAGCUUAAAAGAGACGUGGAGCAGAUGGCCUCCGACCACAGAGACACCAACGAGAUGCUGUCCAUCACCGUGGACGGACAGAAACAGCUGACCCACCUCCUCCAGGAGAAGGACUCCUUCACGGAGAGCCUGAGAGCCAACAUGGCUGCCACCCAGAGGGAGUUGGAGGCCGUGGUCCAGGCAGCCACCCAGGAGGCUGAGACCCUGAGAGGAGCUCUGGAGGAGAAGGACAAGCAGCUGGGAGGCAUGAAGGAAGACAAGAGCCACCUGAAGGAGGAGAUUGAACGCCUCAGUGACCAGCAGAACAGACCCCAGCCCUCCGGCCUGUCCGAGCCACGCACUCUGGACAUCAUCACAGAACUGGAGAAUGAGAUCAGCCAGCUGAAGAGCUCCAGAGACGAGCUGGAGGACGAGGGGCACUCCCUGAAGAGGAGAGUGGAGGAGCAGCGUGGUCACCUCCUCUCAUCCCAGCAGUCUCUCCUGGCGCAGCAGAACGAGUUGGAGCAGGCCCACCAACGCCACGAGCAGAGCAGAGAGAARUARGAUAGGCUGAUCCACGCCAAGGACGAGGAGAUUGGGCGCCUGCAGCAGGAAGUAGAUCACCUCGGCCACACCCACACCUCCCAGGAACAGGAAGUGGUCAUCCUCCAACAGGAAGACAAGACCCAGUCGUCUCUGAAUAACGGAGAGAACGACAAUGAGAAACAUGACCUGUCAAAGGUGGAGAUAAACCGUCUGGUGAAGGGCAUCAAGGAGAAGGAGACUGAGAUCAGCCAGCUGAAUGAGAGGAACCUGAACCUGACCAGACAGCUGGACCAACUGGGYGUCUCCAGAGAGGAGAUUGGGAAACUCUCCCAGAUGGUCUUGCAGAAG